AAAAAAAUGUAAAAAGCACUUGCGCUAAUUCUUAAUAGAAAGGAAAGACUCAAAUUCACGUCAUUUCGUAUAUAUGCAGAGUGUCCAGUAAUUGGAGUAAAAUAUGAUGAAUGAAAAAAUUUUAUUCUUUCUUUUCGACUCAUUUUUUCGUGUUUUCAUCACCUGUUAUUUAGUUAUAUAUUCUAUCAUAAAUGAGAUAUUUUCAAUCAAGGGAAUUGUAAGGAAUGUACAAGAUGAGUAUCUUCAUCAGAACUUCCUUUGUAAGAAAUUGAAUGAGCUGUUUGAAUAUUCGCGCUUCUGCAACUAGUUUGUCCAACUGUGAAAAUUGAAAAUUAACUACAAUUUAAAUACUAACCUAACCUACAAUCACAUCUAGUGACUAGUAACAUUUCUUUAGCCGCUACAUGAUUAUUGUAGCGCCAUCUGUGAAAGAAGAAACUUUGAUAAAUAACAAUGGAAGUGUAAUCUUCAAAGUUUCUAAUUUAUGAUCUUUUAUCCCGCCAAAACCUAUGUAAAGUAAAGUGUUUCAAAUAUUAAAGUUAUAAUUUAUAACAGUUUGAGAAAAUUUUUACUUGUUGAGUUUCAUAAAAUGGAACAUUUGGAACAUUUGGCUGAUCUAUUGCCGACUUAUUACGCUAGAUUAUUUCCCUUCCCCGACUAUUAUCGUUGGCUCAGUUAUGGAAAUGCAAACACGUUCAGUCACAGAGAAUUUUCAUUCACUCUCGAAGAUGAUAUCUAUCUUCGCUUUCAAUCAUUUAAAGGUUUGAAAGAGUUGGAGCUUGAAAUAAAAAGGCUUCUUCCUUUCAAGAUUGAUAUAGGAGCAGUAUACAAUGUCAAUCCAAAGGAUUAUCACAAGGGAGCAAAUUUUAUUCCUGUUGAAAGAGAAUUAGUCUUUGAUAUAGAUAUGACUGAUUAUGACGACGUAAGAACAUGUUGCAGUAGUACUGAUAUUUGUUCCAAGUGUUGGAAGUUUAUGGCACUAGCUUGCAAAAUUUUAGACAGUGCUUUGAGAUUGGAUUUUGGAUACAAACACAUAUUGUGGGUAUUCUCUGGCAGAAGAGGUAUUCAUUGUUGGGUAUGUGAUUCCAGUGCACGUACCUUGACUACAACAGAACGUGGUGCAGUGGCAGAGUAUUUGCAAAUUAUAGAAGGUGGUCAAUAUAUGAAGAAAAAGGUGAAUUUACCUGGUGAUAAAAUACACCAUUCCAUCAAACGUGCACUGGAAAUGAUAGAGGCUGUGUUUGUUCCGUUUUGUGUAGAAGAACAAGAUAUAUUAGGAACAGAUGAAAGAAUGGAGAAUUUUCUGCAGAUAAUUUCUGAUGAUGAUGACAGACAAGAGUUAAGAGCACUUUUUGGCCAAUAUAAUUCUAGCAAGGACAGAUGGAACAUAUUUGUCAAAUAUAUUCAGAACAAGAAAACCACGGGAGACAAAAAAUGGUACCAGUAUCGUCAUUUGAUAGAAGAAAUAAUGCUACAAUAUGCUUAUCCAAGGUUAGAUAUAGCCGUCAGCAAAGGAUUGAACCAUCUUUUGAAGUCUCCUUUUUGUGUUCAUCCAAAAACUGGCAAAGUCUGUAUCCCAUUCACUGCAAACACCGUGGAUAAAUUCCAGCCGGACAAUGUUCCAACAAUUACAACACUGAUCGAAGAAAUAAAUGAAUUCGAUUUGAAAGAUAAGACUGAACAGGAAACGUACGACUUGAACGCGAAGAAAAUAAAAGAUUACAAAAAAACUAGUAUUAAUAAGUCAUUGCGUAUCUUUCAAGAAUUUCUAUGGAAUCUGAGCAAUGAGAGAAAGGAGAGCAGGCUCAAACAAAAUGACGAAAAAAUGGAUUUUUAAUUAGAACGUAUUUGCAUUUUUGAAAUAAAUUAAUAGAAUUUAAGAAUAGCAAUGUUUCUGAUUUUAAUUAAAUUAUCACGUCAAUCUUUGGACUAUUUUGGUAUAAUGUUUCGUAAAAUUUUUGGAAUAUACAAAGUUCACUCAAACCUUUCACUUAGCUCAAUAUCGCUUAUUCCAAGAUAAUUAUAAAAGAAUAUAAAUAUCUUCUCGAUAGAGAUCAAUUUAUUUCAGAACAGUUGUUAAUUUUUUUUAAAUAUUUCAAACAUGAACACAGUUUUUCUACUACACCAAUCAAUAAUUUUAUGUAUGUGUAAAAAUGUACUAUUAGUUUAAUUCAUCUGGCUCAUCGUUUUAUUAUAUUUUUUCCACUUUUUCUCACCAUCACGUGUUGCGAAUAUACCGUUUCUUUCACAUGAGCAUAGCCAAACUUGGCAUAAAGACCACAACUCGAUAUCGAA